AUGAGACGUAGCACGCGAACGGACCCUAAGAAAAGACACUCCAUGAUGGUGGACACGUCUGGGAUAUCGUCGUUCGCCGGGUUUUCAUCGUUGUACGGAUCAAAAACCGCCAACAGGUCCUUGGAAGACGUGGCAGCGACCACACGCAAGAAAAGCAGUGAUGUGGACCUUGGAACGCGCAAAAGCUCGGCUCUCAAACGCAGCACCGUGCUUCUGGACGACAACAUGGUGCGCGAGUACAAUUUGGCGGUUCAGAGCCUGACCCACGAUCCACUGCGGACGCACCAGUCGCCUCAGACACGCCAGCCCGUUAGGAAACACCAGAGCUCGCUGUCAUCGUCGUCCAGCAUGUCGUCGCUGUUUUCGCGCGACAGCGCGAUGUCGGUGCAGGACUUGAUAUUCGAGGAGUGGGCCAAUGAAGCGGCCUGCGAGCCCAUGGAACCGGUGCAAAAGGGCUUCUACACCGAACCACAGCCGCAGCUGGAGCGGGAGCUAGAGCUGGAACUGGCGUUCUGGGACAAUAAGGACGACGAGGAGUGGACACCACAUCGGAGGACGCAGCUGGAGUUUUUCUGA